AUUCUUUUGCUGAGCUCUGUCCUGCUUCGGAUCUCUCUGGCUUUCAAUCCCCAUUUCAUUUGUUCUUUGUAAGGCAAUAGUGAACAAAGUGUGCGGAGGUUCGGCAUAAGCAGCCGCCUAGAACACAGAUCCGGGAUGGCAAUUUCCAGUUCCCCCGCUGGAAGGUGUGGCAUAUUGGAUUCAAAGCACUGGCGUGGCAGAUUUUCAACUUGCAACCUGGCUAAUUUCCUGCUUCUUCUGGCACCAAAAGGAGGGCGAUUCGUCUCCUGUGCAGCCAAAGCGACAGCUGUCAAAGUCGCAGGGGCUCCUGUGAGCCAGAACCUAAAAGUCCAAUACCGUCAUUGCUUGCAAUCGGGCUUCCUAUGAGUACGGAACCUCUUGUUUUUAUUCGGACAAGGACAUUAGUAGCGCCUCUCCCUCCAGCAGUGGCAAACAGAGAGGGCCUGGGGACUACCUGCACUUUUCUCCCGAUCAACAGUACAAAUCCAGCGGCGGCCAAGCCAAAAUUAUAAAUGACGAAGGUACCGACCGGAAGUACACGAGCCCUGUUUACCCCUGGAUGCAGAGGAUGAACUCUUGUGCUGGUACAGUAUAUGGAACACAUGGGAGACGAGGGAGGCAAACUUACACCAGAUACCAAACGCUAGAGUUAGAGAAGGAAUUUCAUUUUAACAGAUACUUAACCCGAAGACGACGUAUUGAGAUUGCAAACGCUCUCUGCCUUACUGAACGCCAGAUUAAAAUAUGGUUUCAAAACAGGCGGAUGAAAUGGAAAAAGGAAAACAAAUUCAUAAAUUCCACACAACCAAGCAGCGAAGAAACAGAGGAAAAGUCAGGGGAGUAGAACCACGUUUAAUAAAUGCUACCAGGCCUUUCCUUAGCACUUACUACUAUUAUUAUUUACCUUGCGUUCCUUCUGCUACUGAAAUCCUAUAGGUUUGUCACAGUCUAUUAAUCCCCAAAAGGCUUGUUUAAAAGAUGUGCAUUUGCAAUCAUCUGUGACUUACUUUAAUAUAUGUGGAAGUCUUAGCUUUUGAGCUACAGGCAUGUAUGUAUAUAAUCACCUUUCCAAAGCAUAUAUGGCGUUGCCUAAAGUAUUAGAGAAUUGGCCCAGAAUUUUAAAUAUUUGAGGUGAGCAUCUGUGUGUGGGUGACUGUGCCUGGUGUGCUUGUGUAAAGAAAGAUAAGGAUUUUUUUUUUUUUUUAAAUUAGAAAUGUUCUUACUGUAGAAAGACAGGAGAUUUUAGAAAAUAUCGUAUUUAUGGUUUUGCUAGCUCCCGCUAAGUCGGACCAUCUCAUUAUGCUGUGUUUGGGAGUUUAUGAUCUGCAGGGGGAAAAAAAGUUUUAGUUAUGUGUAAGAUAUUUAAAUAGCAAAAGGAAGAAAAGUCCUUUAAAAAAAUCGUUGUACAAAUCCCUGUAUAUAAAUCUGAAGUUAAAGUGAAGAUGAAUUGCAGGGAGAUUUUUUAAAAUACCCCUAAACUGCUUAAUCUGCACUACCAGUAUUAAAGCAAAAACUCGGCACGAAACUUCAGGGGAAGCGAGGGAAGAGGUUUUAAAGCGGGAAAAUCUCUGUGGUUCCCGUUGAGCUUACAUUGAGGUUUCAGUGAGCUCAGCUCUACACUGAAGGGGCUUUGAAUUACGGACUACAUUUCUUGGGGCUUCAUGGGCUUCGAUCCAUCUGGUUUUCCUUUUUUUUUUAAUCUUUCUUUUUUCUUACUUACUUAUUUAUUUAAAGAAAAAGUCUUAAUAACUCGGGGAUAUUUUCCUCUGCUUUUGUGGUAUCUUAACGCACAUUCUCAUUUCUCAGCACUGGAAAAAAUAAAUUGAUAUUCUGUAGAAAAAUACCUGCCAUAAAAUGCUUCCACUUCUGUAUAAGUAAAAUAAGC